CCCUCUCCUGGUCUUACACUGCAACUUCCAACAUUCUGAGCGGCUGCUGGAGGCUGGUUUGCCGGAUAUCCGGUACGUGGGAACGACUGUGUGGGGGAGUUGAGCCAGCUGCCCCAGAGUUCUGUGUGGAAGGAGGGUUUCAAGGCAGCCACCAUUAUGAUCCGCUUCAUUCUGAUCCAGAACCGGGCCGGCAAAACACGCCUGGCGAAGUGGUACAUGCAGUUUGAUGAUGAUGAGAAGCAGAAGUUAAUUGAAGAGGUCCAUGCAGUAGUCACUGUCCGAGAUGCAAAGCACACCAAUUUUGUUGAGUUCCGCAAUUUCAAAAUCAUCUACCGGCGCUAUGCAGGGCUCUAUUUCUGCAUCUGUGUAGAUGUGAAUGACAACAACUUGGCUUACCUAGAAGCCAUUCACAACUUUGUGGAGGUUUUGAAUGAAUACUUCCACAACGUCUGUGAACUUGACCUGGUGUUCAACUUCUACAAGGUCUACACUGUGGUGGACGAGAUGUUCUUAGCUGGCGAGAUCCGAGAGACCAGUCAGACCAAAGUCUUGAAGCAGCUCCUCAUGUUGCAGUCCUUGGAAUGAGAAGCAGGGAAGCCAGAACAGCCAUGUUGGAGCUCUCCUUCCCGGACCUUGCAGCCCCUGCCCCUCUGGGCUCAUCUCUCUCCAACUGGUUCCUUGAGAGACUUGCUCAAAGCAUAUUUGGCCACUUAACUCAUAAAGUGAUGCGGGGAGGCAGCGUGAAUUUGUGAGGGGCUAUUUCGAUUUAUAACCCUGGUAUUUUCCCCACAUUGAAGAACAAGCAGAAGAUGUAGAGUUUUCCUAUCAGGACUGAGAUGCAUUUCUGUAAGGGGAUUAUAAGAGGAGAGAGCUCCCAUUCACUCCCUUCCUAUUACUAUCCAUAGCACCACACAUCUCAGUGCUCCAUGUCACAUUUCUUCUGCCCCCUUCCUCACCCAUUCAUGUAAACGUUGUGCAGGGUCUGCAGUAGAAGAGGGACCAUAACUCUGUAUGUGUGCGUGUGUAUGUUUGUGGCAAGCAGUCGUACUGCCAGUCAAGUGAUGUAUUGAAACAAAGCAUCUAUAGAACAUUUAAAGCCAGAAUAAAUCUUCUAUGUAUCUAGAA